GCGGAAGUUACGCCAAUGUUGUCAUGGCGUCUUACAUGUAAAUCGCCGAGCUCCAGAAAUUGAAUAAAACAUCCUAUAAAGAAAUUUAAAGGUAAUCAAAUAAUCUGAGUGGCUCUCGGACUCCCAGGACUGAAAAAUGAGCACCCAAUACAGCAUUCUUUUCAAGCAAGAACACGCACACGAUGAUGCUAUCUGGACGGCGGCGUGGGGGAAAAGUGAGGCGGAUGGGUCAGAAACUAUUGUCACUGGUUCACUAGAUGAUAUGGUGAAAGUCUGGAAAUGGUCAGAUGAGAAGCUGGAGCUGCAGUGGACUCUGGAGGGACACCAGCUGGGCGUGGUGUCAGUGGACAUCAGUCACAACGGAGCGAUCGCUGCCUCCAGCUCCCUCGACGCUCACAUCCGCCUCUGGGACCUGGAGUCUGGAAAACAGAUCAAGUCCAUGGAUGCGGGGCCAGUCGAUGCAUGGUCGGUUGCCUUCUCCCCAGACUCUAAGUACAUCGCCACAGGAAGCCAUCUUGGCAAGGUCAACAUCUUCGGUGUGGAAAGCGGCAAGAAGGAGUAUUCUCUGGACACUCGAGGAAAAUUCAUCCUGAGUAUAGCUUACAGUCCUGAUGGAAAAUAUUUGGCCAGCGGCGCCAUCGAUGGAAUCAUCAACAUCUUUGACAUCGCCACUGGAAAGCUGCUCCACACACUGGAAGGUCACGCCAUGCCCAUCAGAUCCCUCACGUUCUCCCCCGACUCCCAGCUCCUGGUCACGGCCUCCGACGACGGCUACAUCAAAAUCUACGACGUGCAACAUGCCAACCUGGCCGGCACACUGAGUGGACAUGGAUCCUGGGUUCUUAACGUCGCCUUCUCCCCGGAUGACACACAUUUUGUCUCAAGCUCGUCUGACAAGAGUGUGAAGGUUUGGGAUGCCGGCUCCAGAGCGUGUAUCAACACUUUCUUCGACCAUCAAGACCAGGUGUGGAGUGUAAAGUACAACAGCACCGGCUCAAAGAUCAUCUCGGCUGGAGAUGACCGAGCCAUCCACAUCUACGACUGCCCCAUGUGAUGGACGACGUCCAGCACAGGCUACAAGAGGAGGGGACCUCCAGAGCUGUUUAUCAAAGCAUGCAGCUGAACUUGGCAACUGUGGAGGGGAGGGAGGAGGGCGGACAAGCUGUAAAUGUAAUACAUCUUUUUUUUUUUUGCACUGGCCUACUACGGCCAAAUAAAGGG